GUUUUUUUAUUAUCACGAUUCACAAAUACUGUAAAAAAUUUGUUUGUUUGUGCUAGGAAUUCCAUGGAUAGACUUCCGACAUUAGACUCUGUAGCAGAGCAACUACGGGAAUUUCAAUCUGCUUCGGAUGAAACAUUUAAACAUUGCACGAGUUUGUGUUUAGAAAUUGAAGAAUUUGGAUCAGAUAUUCGGGAAGAACUAAGUGAAUUAAAAAAUUCUAUGAUCGAUAUUGCUCGACUUCACAAAGAAGGAAAUGCUUUAUAUGCCGCAACUAUGGAGAUGAAAUCCACUCUCAGAGAAGCAGACUUUGAUGAUGAAUCUGCUGCUCAAGAAAAAUUUCAAGAAAUUUUGAGUGAGUGCUUAGAAACUGAAGAAAUAGACAGAGAUCAAAAUGCUGCCAUUGAUGCAAUUGAAGCUUCACUGAGUGUGGGGCCAUCUCGAGCUGAUGGAGAUUCUGAGCUAUUUGUAACUGAUGCCACAGAAACUUACUUGGAUCCAUUGACUAAGAAGACAAUAGAGGAUCCAGUGAAGAGUAGACUCUGCAAUCAUGCUUAUGAAAGGAGCAGCAUCAUGAAAUUUUUGCAGAAAUCCAGAAAGUGCCCGUAUUCUGGUUGCCAUCGUGUUCUCAGAAGAGAAGAUUUGGUGGAGGAUUUAGAGCUCAAGAAAAAACUUUUGAGUUUGAAAUGAAUGUAAUAUUGGCUCGCCU